AUGUGCAACCAAUGCGAAACCCUCCGCCUGUCUCACCACAGUGGCCAGUCGGCUAGCCGCAAACCCCACCCCGACGUCGCGUUGCCCCCACCCCAUUGCCAUGGCCUCCCUCGCCGCCUCUUCAGCAUCUUCUCCUCGACCAAGCCACGCACCCGACCACCCAAACCGGCGCCCGAGCCCGCGCAGGUUCCGAAAGCGCCUGCUGGCCAGGCUGGUGCGAAACCCGACGAGCGCCGCGAGUCCCGGAAUCUCACCAAAAUCCUGAAGGCCAUCUUCCGGGAGCGCGAUCCGGACAAGCUGGUGUCCCGGUUCAUCGUCCAAUCGACCGCGUCUGAACGCUUCCGCGACGAGCACCGCGUGUACGAGGCGGCCGUCGACCGCCUCGCCUCCUCCGGCCGCCACGACGCCAUUGCGGCCAUCAUCGACUCACAGAAGCCGUUCAUCGAGGCCUCCAACGUGGGCUUCGCCGCACGCCUCAUCCGCCUCUGCGGACGCGCCUCCAUGCCGUCCCACGCCGCCGCGAUCUUCCAUGACCUUCCACCGAAGCACAAGUCCGACAUGACCUUCAAAGCUCUCCUCGCCGCCUCCGUCUACGUCAGCGACUUCGACGCACUCGCCACCGCGUUCCAGCAGAUCCCGGCCUCACACCCCACCAUUGUACCCACUGUAUACUCUUACAAUAUACUCAUCAGUGCGCUGCGCCAGAAGCCGGACCUCUCGGCCGCCCUCGAUGUCAUCACGCUCAUGGAGAAGCGCGGUAUUACACCUGAUAUCGUCUCUUUUAACAUUCUGCUCAAUGGGUUUUACAACAAUGAUAGCUUUGAUGACGCCGAGAAAGUUUGGGAGAUGAUGAAGGAGAGGAAUGUUGAGCCGGCCGAACGCAAAGAGCUAUAA